GUCCGGAGAGGCGAUUUCGGUCGCCCUUGUCGCCGUACCUCCGACUCAAACACCAAUGAUGAGGACCCAUCGAUCUGUGAUGCUGCCCAUCAAUUUUUCGCCUAAUGGGAGGGAACCCAUUAACCAAUUUCACCUUCUUCUGCCCUUUGUUCGGCGAAGAUUGAUUGCAAAAAAAGGCGAGUUCUUCCAGUAGCGGGGCGGUAAUUUCUUACCGCCGAACGACCAAGUCAAGCAAGAUCUGGAGGCUCUCAACUGGCAGGAAUGUCAGUUUCGCGUUGUGGAGACGACCGGCCUCGCUCUGAGCAGCAGAGCUCCGAGUUUCACAAAGUCCCGCAGUGGCGGCGCCGCCGUCUCGAUUCCGGCGGAGGAUCUCCUGGCAUCGUCGAUCAAGCGCAGUGGGUGGAGUCGGAAGAGAAAGUGGUGAAACUUGGGCUCCACAGGAAAGAGGAAUCGGUGGAUGGGGAAGUUAGAACAUAAUGGAAGAAGAAGAAGAAAUUGUAGUGGUUGGG